CCUUUCUGACACUGUUAAUAUGGUGGUAAACUUUGGAUGUCUGUUGGUUAUUCUACUUUUAGGUAAUGGAGCGUCAUCUGAAUAUGAUUUCAAGGAAAAGUUAAUAAACGUUAUUCGAAAACCACAAUCCUGGCAAGCGUCAGAAAGAAUAUGUGACAGGAAUCAUGAAAAACUUGCUACCUUUGAGAACGAACAAGAAAUGUUCCAAGUCGAACGACAGCUGUAUGAAUUCACCAACAGAAGCCUGGCCACUUUCUGGAUCGGAGGGCGAGAGACCAAAUAUCAAUGGGUGUGGUCCCAUGACCAGAGGGCCCAGAUUGGUAGAAUAACAGGAUGCUUCCAGGGGAAUCUGACGUUAGCGGUGUACACUGAUCUACACAAUAACCACCCAGAACUGUGUACAGCUUUCUGUAAGAUCGUGCUUAAACGACCAUUUGCUGCUCUUCAGGAUCUCAAGUGUUACUGUCUUUACGAUACGUCAAGCCUCCAAGAAACCCCGAUCUAUGAAUGUAAUAGAGCAUGCGCGGGAAACCCUGGAGAGUUUUGUGGCGGUCUAAAUCGGUCUUCCGUCUUUCCAACUUGGGAUUCUGUGGAAUGGGGUCUACAUGAGCCAACCAUACAUAGAUAUGGGAAGGACUGUGCCUUAUUAAUGACCUCCAAGGAUGAAUAUGUUUGGUUCACAGAGUACUGUAGCCAACAUCACGAAUUUAUCUGCUACGUUAAAGAGAGUGCCAUGUGUGAUUGGUUGAAACAAUCAACACCUUGUUUGUAUGUAGUGUCUGAGAAAACAGACUGGUACACUGCCAGCUAUAAGUGUAAUCAGAUGCAUGGAUACUUGGUGGACCGCGACGCCAUUCUCCAUCAUAAUCUAAAUCUCUCAAAUGUUUAUUAUUGGACCGGAUUGACAAGGAAGCGACAGAUCUGGACUGACGGUUCAACAAUUGACUUGUCUUUGAGACGCCAUAUUCCAUUCCUGACCAUACAGGAAAAGCUGUGCAUUGCACUACAAUACAGAAAAGAUGGAGGUUGGGGUUUGACAUCGACUAACUGUAACAAAAGAUAUCCAUCACUAUGUCAGUCAGAACUGAGGUAUGCAUCGGAAGACAUACAAGUAAAUGGACCACCGCAUUUUCAUAAUACAACUCAACUUCUCACAGAAUCCACUCAGACUACCCACGUGACUUCAACUAUAGGCGAAUAUCGCUACAUGGAGACAAAGUUGAUGUACUGGGUAGUUGUCCCAACAGCCGCUGUAAUCCUUCUGUUUUUAUCAAUGGUGCUGGUUGGUUUUUAUGUCAAACGAUCAAGACAAGCCAAAAUUACAGAUGGAAGUGUCGUUACUAAAACAACAGAUGAAAAUAUCGUUGAACCAUUUUAUUACAUACUGGAAAAGCAGAAUCGACAACAAAAAAGCGGGAUAUACAAUAAUAUAUUUCUUGAAAAUCAUUGUGUUUUAAACUAUAAUCAACUUAACUUCAAGGGAACGCUAAAACAACUGGUUCAAGACAGUACAAGAGUACUUACUGCAGAUGAGAAUAGUAUACAUGAAAGUGAUUAUGACACAAUGGGCUGUAAACUACACCAAUACGAAAAAUUAUCGCACGGGAAGAUGCAAAUAUAUUGUGUACAAGGAUUGUAUGAAACUAUCAUGUGAAGUCGUUAUAAUAUUAAAUUUUUCAGGUAAUAAAAAGUAACUUCAACAAUUAAA